GGACUCCUCAGCUUCAUCGUCCUCUACAUGCAGCCGGGUACUAUUUGAAUCCUCAAAUACGGUACUCAGAUAAGUUCUCUACACACCCUGAGAUAAAUAGGGGGUUGUUUGAGUGCAUGGAUAGGAUGAUCCCCCAUGAAGAGCAUGCUGAUGCUGAUAUUCAGUUGGAUGAAUAUGACAAGAGAAGAGGGGAUUUUGGCUCUCGCCUUGCACUCGAAACCAUGACAAAGCAUUCCCCAGGUAAUUUAUAAUUUUAUAUUUUGAUAUUUUCAUUGUUAUGUAAAUUAUAUUUUUAUAAUUGGUGAAAGUAUUUAAUUAAUUUAUAAAUUAUAACUAAUUUAUGUAGCUGAUUGGUGGGAAUGCUUUGGAGAUAGAACUCCACAGCUUACGAAGUUUGCAGUACGAGUUUUAAGCCUCACAUGCAGUGCUUUUGGCUGUGAGAGAAAUUGGAGUACUUUUGAGCAGGUGACUUUUGUACUAUUCAAUAUUCUAAAUUGGCUAAUUUUUAUUUAGUAGAUUAGCAAGUCUUUGAUAAUUGACUGACAUAGAUCAUCACAUGAUCAGAUCCACACAAAGAAGAGAAAUCGGCUAGAGCAACAAAAACUCAACUCUCUAAUAUAUGUGAUGUAUAAUAUGAAACUGAGAGAAAGAAGCAUGAAGAGAAGGGUGGCAAUGGAUCCAAUAUUGGUGGACCACAUUGAAUCAGAUGAUGAAUGGAUUGCUGAGAAAGAAGGCCCUGUUCUCCCAACUGAUCCAUCGUGGCUCAAAGAUCAAAAUAUGGCCUUUGAUAUUAGUGCCAUUACAACUAUUCCGGAGUCUGAUGAUCCAGUUGACAGCAAUGCACCAUCAACAUCUAAUAUUUCUGAAGGGGUUUGCCCCCCACCUUCCUCAAAGAAAGGAAAGGCAACUACUUUAAGUGGUCCCAUGGGAAGAUUUCUUACUCCUAUAAGAGAGGAAGGAGAUAUAGGAACGAGUGUUCAUGGUGUGGAUGAUGUACAUGCAGAUGUAGGUGCUGAUGCUGAUGAUGAAAGGCCUAGACCUGGUGACGAAGUGAAUGAGGAUGACGACAACGACGAUGACCUAUUAGAUAUAGAUGACCUUUAGAGUUUAGACACUAGAUUCUAGAGACUAAUUAUUGAGAAUUUGAUAUGUUGAUUUUGAGGAAUGUGACAUUUGUAUUGUACUUAAUGCUCUUAACUUUGGGAUUUUUAUUUUGAAGAAUGUGACAUUUAUAUAUUUUGCUUUUUUCUUACUAUUUAAUAUUUAUCAUAUAUAUUUUUUUUAAAAUUAAAAAAUAGAAGUAUUGUGUAGCUUACGCUACA